AGACGCGGGCGAAGACAAAAACAAAUCUAAAUUUGUACAAGCGAACGAAGAAGAAAAGAAGGACGCCGAAGUAAGAGAACUUGGUCAAGAAGUUACGAACAGUAAUGAUCAGCAAGAUGCAGGGUUAGAUCUCGAAGACCAAGACCCCGAAGUUGAAGAUGCCGUUAACACUCGAUCAAGCUCCUCUCGAACUGACAAGAUGAUAUUGAAGUUAAAAUUUAAUCCAGAGUCACUUCCAAGCUCCAAAAAACACAAGCAUAAACGUAAACAUAAAGAGCAAGACGAAGGCUCACACCAUUCCCACAAAAUUACUGGAAAACGUGGGGAAUGUGAUUCGUCAGACGAAACUGCCGAAAAAGAUACUGACCAAUAUAACACGAGUGAUAAGCAUACGCAUGCUCGAAAGAAAUCAAAACGGCAUAAUUCAGACAUUGUCCCAGUGAAUGACGAAGUUAGCAGAAGUAUACAGCCACAUGGUGACACUUCAAGACUAAGUACUAUUGAGAGAGCCAGGGAAGAACCUUUGAGUGAGAAACAACCUACUGUUACUAAUAAUAAUUUAACGAAUGAAGUAUCUGAGAAAAGCCCGUACACUGACACUAAAAAAAAUAACGAAAUUUCGAAAUUGGGAGAUAAUGGAGGGCAAAUGACUCCUCAUGAAAACGGGAAUAACUCGAUAUUUGAUGACAAGAUCCAAAAUGUUGACAAUAAUUUCUCAAAGAAAAAUUUUGAUGACAGCGACGAAAGAGAACCCUCUCACGAUCAAAAAGAAAUAUCCAAUUCCGAAGUUUUGACUCCUACUUAUCAGCUCAGGGGGAAUCGGUCAUAUCCUUCGGUUGUUGAGGAGGAGAAACCCAAAUAUUCUGAGACACGUCCCAAAAAAUAUUCAAAGGUUCCAAAACCCGAUGUUCAACCAAUCAAAGAUGAAGCUAUAGUAGUUAUUUCGCCACCUAAGAUAUUGGAGAUCAGUCAGCCGGAGGUCGUAAUCACAAGUAGAAGGGAAGUUGAUAAUGGAAAUAAUAAUCACACCAAUACAACCGAAGAAACGGCUUCAUCUUUUCAGUCUACCGGAAAAAAAGGACCUGCACGUAGACUUGGAAGACCUCCUAAAUCACAGAGCGUUCAACAAAAGACAGCAAAGAGGACAUGGACUUGGCAGAAAAAGAAAAAAGAUUUACGGACAAUUUUAAGUAAAUUAUUGGAUUCCUUCAAUAAAAAGGAUGCAUACGGCUUCUUCUCAGAACCAGUGGACACUAGUGUUGUGACUGAUUAUCUUACAAUCAUUCAAAAUCCGAUGGACUUUGGAACUAUGAGAAAAAAAAUUGAUUGCAAUGAAUACACGUCUAUCGAUGAAUUUAAGGAGGAUUUUUCUCUAGUUUGUAACAACUGCAAAACUUACAAUGCACCCGAUACCAUAUAUUACAAGAGUGCGGAUAAAUUAUGGCAAUUUGGCGAAAAGGCCAUUGAACGUGAAAGAGAUAGUAUUCUAUUGGAAGAAGAAAAACUGAAGGCGACAGAAGCGAUCGAAAAUGGGAGCCAAGGAGGAAGAGUUGGUGGCAAAAAAAUUGCAAAUGGAAAUAAUAUAUAUGGUUCGAUCUCCAGUCGAGCAUCUUCGACGCGACAACCUCGGAGGUCUAAAAAAAUUGAUCCUCGUAAACUAUUUUAUCCGGAUGGUUCGAUAAUUCCCUUUGGAGAUCCAUCUUCUAUGAUCCCGAGAUCCCCUUCGUUUGGUGAAACUCCUCUCCUCACUGUCAUAUCAUCGAAGGCUCAGCGUCCAGCCCGUUUCGAAGACUAUGGUCCAUAUGCGACAUUAGGAAUUGAUCCUCCCUUUUUUACUUCAAACGAUAAAAAUUUUCUUUACAACAUUUAUGGUGAUGAGAAAGGUUACUCAUAUGCCAAAAGUAUUAAGUCCUUUGUCAAAGAUAUGGGCGAUGAGAUGAAUCAACAAGUUGACCGUUUCUUAGAUAAAUUAACUCGUGGAGCUCAUUCUAUCGACCAGAGGGUGGCCCAGAUGAUGUCCACUGCGAAUCAUAGUAUUUCAUAUGACAAUUCGAUAGUUAUGCAAACAGAACUUGGUCCGGUUAAUAUAAGACAGGAACUUGAUCGGAUUCGAAAGCUUUCUGAACUUAAGAAACAACAAUCCGACUUGGAGAUGUGGAAAAAAGCGAAGAUUGAUAUUGAUUUUUUGACUGGUGAUCAAGAGAUGCAUUCCAUUAUGCAAAAUAUGGGAGAUAGUCAACAUAACGUCCAAGAAUUAAUUGAUCUUAAUGCCAAAGACUUGGCCGAAUUGAUUAACAUAAGGCAAUCCAGUCAAUCAAAAUCUGAUAAGACGGAAAAGCAAAUUACCGAAGAACUUAACAAUCGCUUUAUUCAACUAGUACAACAUGCACCUGAUUCGGAAAAAAUAUCUCACACAGCAUCGGCAUUACGACCACAAUUAACAGAUAGUACAUCACUCCACCAAUCGACCGCGUCCUUUCCUCUAGGGAACUUGAAGACCCCUUCUACUCCACUUCAGCCCAUCAUCAUACCCCAAAUGAAUUCUGCAAGUCAUAAUUUUUCAACCGUCGAACAUACUGAUCCCAUCAGUGCAUUAGCACCUUCCUCGAUGUUGCAUGAGAAUAAUCUAUCCGGUGGCUCUUUUCGGGCUCGCACAAAGCCAUGUAAUUACAACCCAGCUGGUAAAUGUGCUAAUUGUCAGACAACUGAUACUCCCGGAUGGAGAGCGGGCGAGACUCCCGAUCAAAAACUAUGCAAUGCUUGUGGAUUAUAUUACUCGAAAAACAAGUCGCAUCGUCCUUCCAAUUUAUGGAACACCCGUUGA